AGUGUUAUGAUGCAGUUCCACAACACACAGCCACAUUCACCCACAGACCGAGGUACAGAACAAGAGACAACCUCUGCCCCCCCAGCAGCUGGCCAGCUUUGCAGCCCCAGUCUUGAGUCCCCAACUACCCUCCCCCCACCCACCCCCAUCCCCUUCCCAAUUGAAGGAGCGGAAAGAGAAGAGAGAAGAGUGAGCAGAGAGAUUGAGAGAUUGAGAGAGAGAGAGAGAGAUAGACGGAGAUCUCUGGAGCAGACCUCAAGGUGACUUCUAUUUCUAUCUGGUUCUCGUCUGGGGGGGCCCUCGCCGGGCAGCCCCCCAACACUUCUCCUGCCCUGAAACACGGCUCUAGCCAACCUGCUCCGCUGCUUCACCUGCGACCGUCUCUGCGGGGGCUGCACGGCGCCAGCCCCUCCAGCCCGCCAGGGCAUUGUCCUCCAGCCCGUCAUGCCCAGCUGUGACCCCGGUCCAGGCCCUGCCUGCCUCCCCACCAAGACUUUCCGCAGCUACCUGCCCCGCUGCCACCGCACUUACAGCUGUGUCCACUGCCGUGCACACCUGGCCAAACACGAUGAGCUUAUUUCCAAGUCCUUCCAAGGGAGCCAUGGCCGAGCCUACCUGUUUAACUCCGUGGUCAACGUGGGUUGCGGGCCAGCUGAACAGCGCCUCUUGCUCACGGGGCUCCACUCGGUAGCUGACAUUUUCUGUGAGAGCUGCAAAACCACACUGGGCUGGAAAUAUGAACAAGCUUUUGAGACGAGCCAGAAGUACAAGGAAGGGAAAUAUAUCAUUGAAAUGUCACACAUGGUGAAGGACAACGGCUGGGACUGAGGGGCUCAGGCAGGCUGUGCCCUUCCUCCGCAUGCCCCUCCCUCCCCACAGCCCUGCCAAGCAGUCUAUACCAGCAUGAGUACUGCCCCACCCCUGGGGGAAACCUGGCUCCAACCAACCCCUCCCCUGCCUCCACCAUAUCCACUACCAGGCACCCUUUGGAACAGGGGUCUGGGUGUACCCCAGGGGUGUUAAGGCUCAGGAGUGGGCAGCAGUCAGGGAGAAACAGAACUGGGGGAAAGGGAUGGUUGUGGGUCCUUCUGUUCCCAAGUUCCUGAAAGUUGAGGCAAUGGCAGGGCGUAGACUCAGGCAGAGAGGAUUGUGGGAGGAAUCCGUUUUUGCUCCACCUCUUUUUGAGUGAACAGAGGACAAACCUUGGGUCACGGGGCUAGUAGAUCGUGGACCACAGAAUAGCAAAUGAGAAAAAGCUUGGGUUGGAGUGAAAUUUUGGUCUCAGGCAGCAGAACAGACCAGAGUCUCUGAGGAUGAAGUUUCCCACCCCUAUUUGUAGGGAAAAGGACUCACAUGCAGGGAAAACUCAAAUCCCAGGCCCUGGGAAAUAGUAAAAGAAUCAAAGGGGUUUCCAUUUCACUCCACUUGUUAGUUUAUCUUGGCAUUGAAGAGGCACUUUCGAAUAUCUAACUUUUGCUGUUGGAUGGGGUAGGGACAGCUGCACGCGGAACAGCCCCCACCCCCAGUCGGCUGCUUCCAGAACAAGCAGUCUUUAUGGGCUUUCUCUGAGGCCCAGUCACUGCUCCUGGGACCCAGUCCCCCGGAGGGGAGGUGGAAAAUCAGUGCUACGGGUCCAGUCUUUCCCGUGGCUGCCACCAGCGAAUGAAACUUUUGUAUGAUACAUAAAGUGCUUGGGUCUAUUUUUAAUAAAAAGGGAAAAAGCAACUUGA